AUGUCCGGAACAGAGGCAAUCACCUACGCGGAAGUGUCGCAGCACUCCUCCAAGAAAGAUCUCUACCUCGUCAUCCACAACAAAGUCUACAAUGUCUCCAGUUUCGUCGACGAGCAUCCGUACGUCCUCCCCCCAGAGGCCCCUCAACCCUUCUCGCCAAUUCAAUCACACUCCUUGGCGGUGAAGAAGGCCUGCUCGACCUGGGCGGCCAAGACGCAAGAAGACGUCGGCCAUUCGGAUGAGGCGCGAGAGAUCCUCGACGGCCUGAAAGUCGGAACACUGAAGAGAGAGGAAGGCGACCCAGCCCCCAAAACCGGAAGCACAUCCUACGUCGCGGCCGGGCCGAAAGAAUCCUCCUCCUCCUCCUCCUCCACCACAUCGCUAGGCGUCGGACUCUACGCCAUCAUCCUCCUCGGCGGCGCAUUCGCCUUUGCAGCCUACAAAUAUCUGCAGGUGAACGACAAGCAAUAA